GCUGCGUUCAAAACCACUCAAAAAAAAAAAAAUAAAUAAAAGAAAAAAACCAAACUCACAAAAUGAUCUCUUUUUCAACACAAAUUAGUUAAAAAUCACAAAGAAAGAAAAAAAAAAAUCGAAAUCCCCACUCUUCCUCGACCUUUCUCUCUCUAAAAAUCUUUCCUCAUGAAAAGCUGAAUGCAGAGAGAAAAAUAAUGGCUUUUCUUCUGCCCAAUCUAGCUCCCUCUCUCCUCCUGCAAUCAAAGUCCAAAGAGAAACCCAUUAUUCAUCACCAAACUCUCCCUCCCACAAAACCCAACACCCCUUCUCUCUCCUCUCUCUCUCUCUCCUCUUCUGUGACCAGUCUCCAAACGCCUUCAGUCGAGAAGAGUGGUGCGCAGGAUAACACGCCCAAGGAUGCGCAGGAUAAGCAGCAACCGAAAAGAGACGACUUUUAUGUCAACCUUGGCUUGGCCGUACGGACUCUCCGUGAAGACCUCCCUUUAAUAUUCUCCAAAGACCUCAAUUAUGACAUUUACAGGGACGAUAUAACAUUUGUAGACCCUUUGAACACAUUCUCUGGCAUAGAGAAAUACAAACUGAUCUUUUGGGCACUAAGAUUCCACGGCAGUUUUCUUUUCCGGGAGAUUUCUCUUGAAGUCUACAGAAUUUGGCAGCCUUCAGAGAAUGUGAUUCUCAUUAGAUGGAACUUAAAGGGUGUACCAAGAGUUCCAUGGGAAGCAAAGGGCCAAUUCCAAGGCACCUCUAGAUAUAAGUUGGAUAGACAAGGAAAAAUCUAUGAACACAAAAUUGACAACUUGGCUUUCAAUUUCCCGCAGCCCCUUAAGCCUGCGGCGUCGGUGUUGGACUUGGUGGCUGCGUGUCCGGCUAGUCCUAACCCGACGUUUUUGUGGGAUCCGGUGGAUAUGCACUCGUCUUCAUGGGUGGAGUUCUAUAGGGCAGUGAGGCAUACCUUGGAUCAAGAAGGUUACUCUCUUGCACAAGAUGGUUUGAUCACUUGUUCAUAGCUAGAAAGUUACUUUUAUACAUUAAUGUAUACAAUGAAAUUUUUAGCACACAAAUAUAUAUAUAUAUAUAUGUUAUUGCAUUACUUUUGUAUAACAUAUUGGUAGAUUAGCAAAUAAUGGCUUUUGCUGAAAGGACAAAGGGUUGUAUAUAUAAAAAGGGAUAAGGAUGCUGGAGAAUUGAAUAACUAAUUGUGGCGGUGGGGGCAGAGAAGCUUUGGCAUCUUUUAUGAGCAGCCUAUACAGGUCGGAUAUUCGUAUGUACCAAUCUUAUUGCUUUAGCAAAGCUCGUUUUGGUAUUAAUUCUCUCACUUUACAACUAAGUUCUACGUUUGUUUCUUAUGGUUAUUCAGUGAUCUCUUAGAAUAUGUAUAUUAGUUGAUAAGAUUUUCAAUGUAGUCAAAACCAGAACAUUAA